GUGCCAUGAUGUGGGGUGCAGGCGGCCCCCUAGCCUGGCUCUCGGCUGGCCUAGGCGCUGUGAACGCAAGCGGCACAGGCCCAGCCGCAGAGGGGUCCACGGGCCCCGCAGCCCCACCGCUGCCCUCCCCCACAGCCUGGGACGUGGUGCUAUGCAUCUCAGGCACACUGGUAUCCUGUGAGAACGCCCUGGUGGUGGCCAUCAUCGUGGGCACGCCUGCAUUUCGUGCCCCCAUGUUCCUACUGGUGGGCAGCCUGGCCGUGGCAGACCUGCUGGCGGGCCUGGGUCUGGUGCUGCACUUUGCUGCCAUCUUCUGCAUUGGCUCAGAGGAGAUGGGCCUGGUACUGGUGGCCGUGCUGGCAAUGGCCUUCACCGCCAGCAUUGGCAGUCUGCUGGCCAUCACUGUGGACCGCUACCUUUCUCUGUACAACGCCCUCACUUACUACUCGGAGACAACGGUGACACGGACCUAUGUGAUGCUGGCCCUAGUGUGGGGAGGCGCCCUGGGCCUGGGGCUGCUACCGGUGCUGGUCUGGAACUGUCUGGAUGGCCUGACCACUUGUGGGGUAGUCUCGCCUCUCUCCAAAAACCAUCUGGUGGUCCUGGCCAUUGCCUUCUUCAUGGUGUUUGGCAUCAUGCUGCAGCUCUACGCCCAGAUCUGCCGUAUCGUCUGCCGACAUGCCCAGCAGAUCGCGCUCCAGCGGCACCUGCUGCCUGCCUCCCACUAUGUGGCCACCCGCAAGGGCAUUGCCACAUUGGCCGUGGUGCUUGGCGCCUUUGCUGCCUGCUGGCUGCCCUUCACUGUCUACUGCCUGCUGGGUGAUGCCCACUCCCCACCCCUCUACACCUAUCUCACCCUGCUCCCCGCCACCUACAACUCCAUGAUUAACCCCAUCAUCUAUGCCUUCCGCAACCAAGACGUGCAGAAGGUGCUGUGGGCCAUCUGCUGCUGCUGCUCUUCCAAGAUGCCCUUCCGCUCCCGUUCCCCCAGCGACGUCUAGUCGCGUCCCUCUCACCUGGCCCCGGUCUUGCUACAGGAUGCCAGAAUGUUCCAGAACGUUGUGCAGGGCCUCAUUCUCACCCCCUACCUCUCCCCACCCCGGCGCCACACCCCUGACUGAGACCCAGCUGGUUCUGGAGUUCUAGGCCAUCGGGUGUUUCCACCAGAUCCCUGCAGGGGCCUGACGGGUUCGUGGUUUCAGGAUGUGUAGGUUUUCGGGGUUCUACUCAGAGUUGCCCCAUGGCCCAGCUGACGUGCAAUUCCAGAACUCUGCGGGGGAGCGGGGGACUGGGAGGAGG